GUGAGUCUUUACAGCGUGGUUGUCCCUUUGCAAUGGGCGCCAAGCGCAAAAGCAUGGCUUCGGCCAAGGCUCAGCCCUCGUCGGCGAAGAGGCCCCGGGGCCCCGCGGCGGAGGAGCUCACCGGCGCCCGGCUCAAGGCCUUGCUCCGGGACCCCAGCGCCGCCAUGGAGGGUUUAGAAACAUUCAUAUCCUCUGCUAAAUCGUUACCAUCAGAAGAGCAAUAUGACGUUGUAGAAGGAUACAUAAAAGUUUCUGUUGAGUGUGCAGAAAUUUUAAAACUUCUGGAUGGUGAAAGACGUCCUGAAAGCGAGAUGCUUCUAAUCUUUCAAGCUCUACAGAUGAUUUUGCUGCGAACAGCAAGUGAUCUGGCGCAUUUUCAUGUUGUGGGGAUGAACAUCGUAAAGAAGUUGAUCAAUAGCUACAUGAGAUUAAUUUAUGCUGCUCUGUAUUCUGAAGGACAUCGAAUGUCUCGUCUGUGCCUCACCUUGCUGUCAGCAAUGGUCACACAGGGGCCAGAUGCUGCAAGGGAUGUCUAUGCCCAUUUUGAUUUCAAUAAUAAAUUUUUACCUAGUUUAGUAAAGAAAAGAGAUUAUAAGGGCAAACCUGAUGUCCGUAUGGCAUACAUCCAAUAUGCUCUUUCUUUUUUGAUUGCUGGUGAUAACACAAUCCUUGUGCAAGUUCUGGAGUUAAAAGAUUUUAUUCCAGAUAUUUUUAGAAGUGGAUUAAAGGAAGAUAGAAUUUCUACAGUUAGUCUUCUGCUUUCCACAUUGGCAUCUAAGGUGGUUCAAAAUAAAAAUAUCACUAAGACCCAGAAAGUUCGUUUUUUUACUGCAGACGUAUUGAAUCACAUUGCUACACUUUACCGCUGGAAUGGAAUCACUGAUGUUGAAACUGAAGAUGUCAAGGCUUCCCAGGAUCCUGAAGAGGCAGGAAAAGUGCUAGUGAGAGAGCUGGUUCAUAAUUUUUUAAUGGAUCUCUGCUGCUCUCUGAAGCAUGGCAUUAAUUUUUAUGAUCCAAGUCUUGGCACAUCUGGAAGAGGAGGGAACCUGGUGCUUCUGCGCUUUCUCUUGAGUCUAAAGACUGCUGUGGAGGAUGAGAUGGUUGCUGAUCUUAUGGUGAACAUUUUCAAAGUGUGCCCAGAUUUACUGAACAGAUACUUUAAGGAGUCUCAGUAUUCUUUUGUUCCUAGACUAAAAUCAGCAUGGAUGGACAACAUGAAAUUACUGAGAAAGAUCUAUGAGGCUCAGCCAGAAAUUUCCAAUGCUUUUAAAACCACGGAGUUCAUUCCACUUCCUAGAUUACUUUCUAUGGUGAUGGUAACAACCAUUCCGGCAGUAUGCAAUAAAGCCAUGUUCACCCAAGGAUUGAAUAUUGCCAGUAAAACGGUGAAACAUACAAUCUUUUUACUUAUAUCAGUUGUUCUAAAAAGAGCACUGGAAAAUAUCAAGUAUUGUCUGAAUGAGAACACAUGGGAGAAGUCCGAAAUCUACACUCCAUCUAUCAUGCAGGAAUUUGUCCAGCAGUAUAGGGAGGCACUCAGCAAGCUUUUACCAGAUAUGACGAACAUAAUAGCAGUCUGGCAGUCACUUUUAAAGCAGGCGAAGGAACAUGGACAGAAAGGGACAGUGGAAGAUGCUACUUCUAUUAUGGAGGAAAUGGCUGAGGUCAAAGAAACAAAUGGAGAGCAUGGUUCAGACGAUGCAGAGACCACACUUUUGAAGGCUGUCUUGCUUCAUGUUAUCUGCCUUUAUCAACAAGUUGUUCCCCACUUAGUAGCACAGAGCAACUUUGACUUCAGCAAACUAAUAAAAGGUAUUAUCACUGAGAAAGGGCUGUGCCAGGAGAUCCCUCCAGUUCUGCAACAUAACAUUCUCAUGGUGGCUUUAGAACUGCCUGCAAAUAAGUUUACCUGGUUCAAAAUGCAGGAUGAAGCUGAGAAAGUUUGUGGUGAAAGAUCUGUAUUUUAUCUACUGUUGAAAAUGUUUGUAACAAGCAACCACUCACAACUGAAAGCAUCCACGAAGAAAUUGAUUAUUAAGGUUCUGCAUGACAGUGGAGUAUUUGAAUAUACCUGGAAAGAACUUGAACUGUGGCUUGAGCAUUUGGAUGACACAAUAGAAUCCAAAAAAGAAGCAGUGAUUCAGUUUUUAGAAAAGAUCUUGGUAAAACUGGUGACCAACCCUUAUCCAUACACAGACAAAGCAGCAGAUCUUGUCCAGGAAGCCAGCAUUCUUCAGGCCAACCUAUUUACCAUCAAAGAUGUUGAUAAUGUCAGCAUUCCAAUCUCUCACAUUGAUGAUGUUCUGGAUAUGAUUGAUGUCCUUGUGGAAGGUAAUGAAGGUUUAAAUGAAGAAAUUGGACCUAGUUUAAAUGAAGACAUGAUUGUAAGCACUUUUCCAUUCAGUGCUAUUGUCCCAGCUUCUUUAGAAGCCAGAAAUAAGUUGCUUCUCGAGGGUGAUGAAAACAUGAGAGGAGAAAGCAUGGUGGAGUAUCUCAUCACUGUUUUCACUGACCUUCUACAUUCUCAGAGAGACCCUUUAGCUUUGUGCUUAAUGUUUCAGCUUUAUGAUAAAGAUCUCCAUUCAGUCUGUCCGCAGCUUUUUGAGUUCAGCCAUUAUUACAAUCUGUGGAUACCACAGCAAGCUAAGGAAGCUUUGCAAGGCAAAAGUGUGUGUGUGGAUGAAGCCCUGUCAUCAGAUUCUUCAUUUUCCUCCUUGCUGAAGAAUACUUAUCAGAAAGGUGUUACUAUUCUGUUGGAAGAGGAUAUUAUAGAGAAAUUAAAUGAAGCUAUUUCGCAACUCCAAUCUCACCAGCUCUUGUUGGCAUCAAAGCAUGUUCUGCUAUACUUAAAAACUACAGUGGAGAAUUUCAGCAGUUUUGACAAAAAAACUGGUCUUUCCCUUCUUAACGUCUUUGUGGAACUACUGAAGAACCUGCUGCACAAAGGUGAUGAUGCAGAAUUCUGUAAUCAGCAGAAACAGAAACACGACCAAACUGAAUCUGAUCUUUUUGUGGAUGCAGAGUUUCUGAAGGCAGCUGAGACUGGAAAUGAUAAGAUACUGGAAGAGUUACUCUCUGUUGUCUUCAGACACCCUACGUUGGAGAAUUGGUUUCUGGCUGUAGAAAAGCGUUCGGUUCCACCUCACAAUUUAAGUCCAGUUAAAGUGAAGCUGCUGUCAGCUCAACUGAAUUGUUGCAUUCUUGAGUUGUUGAAGAUGGGUUGCUCACAGUUGCAGCCCAGGAAUCAACUGGAUGUCCUCUCCAAAUAUUUUAGUACUAUCACUAAAACUGUGUUAGAUGAACUGCACACUGUCAGCAAAGAAGGAUGCAAGAUGUACCUCAAAAGAUCCCAGCAGAUGGAGGCACUGCACGAGCUGCACACAUACAUGGAUACACAGCAGCUAAAAGAAGUUGUACUUGCUAUGCUGCAGCUUCCCAAAGAAAGUUUGGUCAAGAAGAAAGCUGAAACUGUUUCUGAAAAAGAAAAGUACUUGAGUAGGUAUGGAGAGACUUUGAUUCACCUUCUCAUGGAAAGCUACCAAAGAGGAUCCUUGAAGGAAGAUCAGUUCCUUUCAAGAGAGCACAUUCAAGGAAUGAGUCUUCUUUUGACUACAGCAGCCACAGAGGAGCUAGAAAAGGUCUUCAUGUAUGUGAUACAGAAAGAACCUGCCUUUGCCCAAGCUGUUGGGGUUGAUGUGCUGCUCUUCUGCCUUAAUCAUUCCACUGAAACCUCCCUUGCCAUUGUAGCUUUGUUGAUUCAGUAUUGUCAGACUCACUUGUUGCAGUUUGAGCUUUGGUGUCUGAAGCAUGGUACAGGCAAACGUCUGAAAAAGAAUAUGGGCCUUUUUCUGGCCCUCAUCAGUACAUACUUGGGUUGUCGAGAGCAGCAUUGUUUUACCCGCCUGUCAAAAGUCUCUUCAGCUGUUACAACUGUUUUAAGAGAUGCUUUGUGGCCAGAACUGCUACACAUUGUUCUGAAUACAACUUCAUCAUCAGAAACGUUCACUGUGGAGUGUCCCGUUCUCUCCAAGUUACUGCCAUCUUCAGAAACAGACAGUUUCAUUAAUCUUGUGGAAGAAUUACCUGUGAUUCUUGAGAAAGGGAGAAUCCAUGAAUAUUGGACGAUUGCUGAUGCUGUAUCAAGAACACUGGAGAGUUCUGUGGAAAAGCUGAAUUCAUGGAGGAAACACUUGCUAUCUGCAUGUAUAAAAUGGUUGAUAGUUGCUUACAGCAGUAACAAAACACAUGAAACCCACUCUGAAUUGGAGAUCUCCAUGCUAUCAAGGCUAGAGAAAUUACUGAAUUCAGUAACUGAAGUGGCUCCAGAAGACUGGCACAAUUUUGUGAAGAUGGGACUCAAGCACCGUUAUAAAGACCAAAGUUUUCUGAAAACUUUUAAUGUAGCCAUAAAUUUGUUGUACCAGAAAGAAACCUCUCUUAGUCAGAGAUUAGUCAAGCUUUCGGUGCUUUACAUAAUGAUCACGCAGCACUCUUUAUUUUUGUCAACAAUGCUGAAGUCACGGGAAGAUAAUGACACAAAUGUUCAUUCAAGAGAGGCAUUAGUGGACAUCCUGUUGACUCUGGUGAAAUGCUGUCCUGCAGUUUGUGAGAGUAGCCAUUUUCCUGUAUUGCUUGGAGCUUAUGGGGCAACACUGAGUGUUUUAGACCAGAAGAUACUGCUGCUACUUAAAUUGUAUGAAAAGAAUGGUAUAAGCCUUGUAAACUUCAGAAUCCUGCUUUGGGGUCCAGCUGCUGUGGAGCAUCACAAGACAUGCAAGAGUUUGGGGAAAUCAUUGUGGCAGCAGCCAAGCAUGGAAGAAAUCAUGUGUCUGCUAGACCGAGACAUGAUGAUGAGGACCAUUCUCCAUUUCCCACAGCACCGCCAUCUUCUGGCCCUAGAGGAAGAACCAGAGCUCUUAAGCAAAGGCAAAACUGAAGUAGCUCUGAAGGAUCUUUAUGACCCAUGUUUCCUCCUACAGCUCUUCAGUGAACUGCUGAGACCAGAAUGUGUUGUAGCUUGCCACAAGUUUGUUGAUGUCAAUGCUUUCGGCCUAGCAGUAGCAGCCCUUAGUAGCUAUGAUUGUAACAUGAGAGCAGCAGCAUACUAUGUCCUGAAUGCCUUUCACUCUCACCUGGAAGGGGCUCGAUUUCGAGAACAGAAGCAGUUGCUCUACCUUAUGGAUGUUGUGCAAAAUGGAAUCAGCCAACCAAAUCUGAGAUUUACUUUCCCUUUGGCACUCUAUAUAUCUAGAGUAGCCCAGCAAAUGCUGAAGCCAGAGGAACACAUGUACACAAAGCUGAACAAGUUCCUUCUCUCUCACCAAUUUUUGGAUUUGAAGAAAGUGCCAGGAUUUUUUCACCUUUUCUACAGUUUUGAUUUAGAGCACAAAAUGGAACGUGAAUGGGUCCUAGCCAUUAUUAGAGAAGGACUCAGAGAUAAACACUGCUAUGAGCUGUAUGAUCACCAGAGAAUUUUCCAUGUCAUUCUGUCCUUCUUCCAUAGCCCACUAUGUGAUGAAGCCACCCAGCAUCAGAUUCUAGAAAUACUCCAAAAUGCAGCAUAUAUCACAAAAGCGGCCUAUCAACUAAUAAGAGAUCAUAGUCUUUUAACCUGGAUAUUAUCUGUCCUAGAGAAAAGGUUUUUAGAAAACAAGGUGUUAAAUCAUGUAAUCUCCUUAGUCCAUAAUCUUUGGGUAACGAAUUUGGGAGAUAAGCGAAAGUCACUUGGAGUACCUUGCAAAAAACAGCUACAAGCAAAUCAGAAAUUCCUUCCUCUUCAGUUUAUCAGUGAAUUUCUCCAUAUUUUGAUCACACUUCUUAAACACAUUCGGGUCAACUUGGAUUUUCCUAACCUGAUCCAGUUUUUCAGCACAUUGAGUUCUGUAUUAGAAUACCGCAUUCUGGUCAUUGAAGCCUUCAGAGAAAUGGGCAGAUUUACUGUAAAUGAGCAUGUCCUGUCAAACAAAGAUGUUUUGCUGCUUUUGCACAAAUGGAGCAUCAUCAGCAAAGAUGUGGAACUUCAAAAUGAUCUGCAGAUAAUUGCACAACAGUAUCAAACUAAAGACUUGCUUAAAAAUAUUAAAGAAAAAAACAAACCAGAGAUGCCUUUUCGAACAUUAUCUCAGCUUGCUCAGAAAAAGAAUCUAAUUGAAACAGAAACAGCAUCUGAGUGGAAACAAUUACAUUUAGAGGAAUGCAAAUCAGUUCUAAGAUCUAUACUUGUCCAGUGGAAACCUGUGUUUCUUGACAUGUCAGUAAAGUAUCCAAAAGAGCAGAACAGCUAUAGCAACCCUACUCUUUCAUGUAAGAUUGCUUACUUAGUAUUCAGAUGGCUUGUGAAGUCCCACAUUGACAGUAUCCUCAAUGUACAAAAUGUACUUUUAACAUUCAAGUGGCUUAAAAAGAAUGUGUUGCAAAAUAGCACUGUGGUAGAGGAGAUUCUUAAAGAUGAAAUGCUAAGAAGUGAUAUAUUUAAGAUUUACAACAGCAUUUGGAGUGCCACUGAAGACAACAUUGUGGAAUUGAGUGAUCUUUCUCUCCUCAAUGAUACCAUGCUUCAUCUACUAGAUUUUCAGGAUUUGAACACAAAGGAUUUCCAUGGGAUUGUGAGAAAGUUCUGCCUUUCUUCAAUGGCAGAGGAGGACACAAUGAAGAAAGCUGCAGGAAUGUUCCUCACUUCUGUUUACAUUGGAGACAUUUGGCUGGGAGCAAAACAACCAGACAUGUUCAUAAAUCACAUUAAAUUGGUAUGUGGAGCAACAGAUAGGAAGCAAAACAAUGAUCAAGAAAUGUGGAAAUGUGAAGAACCAGUGGUUUCUCUAUGCAAAGACCUUUACUCUCUGCUAAUUUUUACCACACUUUUCAGUCCUAGCCAUUGUAUCUGUUGUGCUGUCUAAUCAUUAAUUAAAAUUCUGUGGAAAAUCUACAGGAAAUAACUUUAGUAUUUAUAACUUAUCUUUUAUACAGAACCUACAUUAGAAUGAUGCUGUACAUUUUUUACAUCUUUUUAAAAAAUAAAUAUUUUCUAUUAAUUUUUA